AUGUCAACUGAUAAGUUAUUUAACUUUUUAAAAGCCGUGGAGACGGUUAAAAAAGACUAUACAUGUGGACAUUGCAAAGAAAUGUGCGUAAAACCUGUUACACUUAGCUCUUGUUUUCAUAUGAUUUGUUCAAAUCACUUUCGAGACUUAAAACUCUGUCCCACAUGCAAGAUUCCGCUUGAUGGUUGUAUUACAUAUGUAGACGAACAAUUGGAAACAUGUGUUGAAUCUAUUAAGGAACUCAAUAAAUUGUGUAAAGAUUUGAGACCGACCAAUAUAGAAGCGUCUAAAGCAGCAAAAAAUUCAAAGAGUAAUAAAAAAUCUGAAUCAGGUCAUGAAAAUAAACAGAAAGUUUUAAAAUCAGAUAAAAACACCUCUUUAUUAUCCAAUAUAAAUACUAAAGGUAUUGAGAAAAAGAAUAGUAAAGGCGAAACUGUUCUUCAUGUAGCGUGCAGACUAGGUAAAGUUGACAGAGCUAUGGACUUGCUAAAUAUGGGGGCCAAUUCCAAUACAAAAGACAAUGCUGGUUGGACACCACUACAUGAGGUCGUUCAAAAUGGCAAUUUAGAAUUAGUCAGACUUCUGUUGCAAUUUAACACCCUUAUAGAUGUUCCAGGGCAGAAUAAUGAGACACCUCUUCAUGAAGCUAUUAGGUAUAGUCAUGUAGAUAUUGCUACAGAAUUAGUUAAGAAUGGUGCGGACCUAGAAGCACGAAAUUGUAAAGGGGAAACCCCAUUACAGUUAGCCUCAGAAGAAAUAAAAUCUAUUUUAUUAGAAGCUGCUGAAGAUUUACAGCAAACACAAGGUGUUAAUAUUUCACAUAUUGCAAAUAUUCAUUCCGAAUUAGAUUUUGAUGACAUAAGAGUAUUCUGUUUAUCUCAUGUUCGGUCCGUUUCAAACAAGUUGAAGCUAUUAGCUAAGCGUCAUUCUAAUUUACAUCUAGAAACAAAAUUUACAAAGAAAGUAACUCAUUUAGUAACAGAUGAAGAGGAUGGUGUCUGUGUACCCAGCAUAGAUAUAUUACAAGGGAUUGUAUAUGGUAUUUGGAUUUUAUCAAGCCAAUGGGUAAACAAAUCAACCGAGGACUCUUUGGAACACUUUGAAGAGUAUGAAGUAAAGGGUAUUGGCAAUAAGUUAUAUAGAGGCCCUAAAAUUUCCAGAUACAACAAAUACAAACAGUUGCCAGGCCUCUUUGACGGCUGCCAUUUCUAUUUACACAAUUUUACAACCUCAUAUGAACUCUCCAAAACUCUUGUAUUGACAAAAGCAAUUUUAUCCAAAUUGAUAACAGAUGCUAGUGGCAUUGUAUUACGGCGUGUACCUAAUCCAGAAUUAAUUCCGGAUUCUGAAAAACUUAUUCCAUAUCAUGCUAAGAAGGGUGGUAAAUUGGAGAUAUGCUCACAUUACAUUAUUUUCAAAGAUACCUAUCAACCAAUGUACAAUAUGGCACACAUCAAAGCAUUACCUCUCGGAUGGCUCAUAGAAUGUUUAGAAAAAUAUGAAUUAUGUGAUCCAUGA